AUGCUGGACGCUAUAAGAAGAUUGACAGCCGUUGCCGUGAGCUCUUUACAGGGUUCAAGUUCUAUUCCGUUGCCAAUCUUGCGCGCAAUGCUGUGUUGGGUGCUAGCUGCCCUCUUGGUGCAGAAAGCCGCAGCAGGUUGCAGUGAUGACAACACCUGUUCAAGCUCCGGAGCGCUGUGGCUCCAGCUGAAAGGUUCCAGAAGCUUCAACAAGGGAGUGGCAGAACCGGAUUUCUUCCCAGUCCAUGGUGGUGUUGGCCGAUCAUGCCGAGGGUCACAUGCGGAUGACAACUUGGCUGGCCAUUACAUUUCAACUGCUGCAACAUCAAUGGAGGACUGCAAACAGCUUUGCUUGUCCAAUUCUGCCUGUAAGGGAAUCGAGUUCAAUCGUAUGCGUUGCAAAGUGUGGACGCGACGGGAGGGUAUUCAGGCCAGCCACCCUCUUGCAGGAUCAACUUGUUUGCGACUGCUGCAAGAUGCAUCCGCGAUGAACAACUUCAGAGAAGUAAAUGGAGGUCGAGGUAAGGGAUGUCGCGGAUCACACCCGGGUGACAAGGAGGAGUCCUACUUCAAGUCGACCACCGCAACCACACUGGAUGAAUGCAAAUCCAUUUGCGUGCAAGAUGCUGAUUGCCAGGGCGUCUCCUACAAAAGUCGUGGCCUUUGCGAAGUUUGGGUGCGCUCAGCAGGAAUUGAGGCAACCGAAGACGAAGAAGACUCCGUGUGCUUGGAGGUGCCCGGACCCACUACGACGACGGGCCCUGGACCCACGACAACCGCUCCGGUUACAGACAGAUGGGAGAAGCACGAAGGCCUCAACUGCUACAAAGGCCACGGUGCCAAGAUCAUAAAUGGCAAGGAUCCCGUGGAUGGCCGCUUGACCCUUCAGCAAUGCAAAGAUGAAUGCUUGAAGGAGGAGAAGUGUGAUGGCAUUGUCAUGCCACAGGGCGAUGGCGAGGACACAGCAAGAAACUGUUGGUUGAGGAGGGACGUGCAAAAGUCAAAAUGUACUGCAGGCAGCCCUUACAACUUUUGGGCACGACCUGAUUCUGACAUUGACGGCCCGGAAGUUCCUGGCACCGAAUGCUGCCAGAGCUACGACAAGUGGCCAUUUGUGAAAGAUGGACGGACGUGUUCAGGCUGCAUGGCCCUGGUCAAGACCGAGCCUUUUGGAGGCAGGUGUGACAAAUAUUGUGAGAGCUUUGGGCAUGAAUGCGUCACAGCCGCAGAAGAAGUCAACAACAACUGCGCAAUCAAAUAUUCGCAAGACUGUGACAAGCCCAUCGAGGGGACAUCGGACAUGCUUUGCACUUGCCGACUCCAGACAGCUGUUGAUGAGCCCAAGUGCGACUGGCCAGGGCCCCCCCCCCGCCAACUACAACAACAACUACUACAACUGCUGCCCCUACUACAUCACAACCGAUCAAUAACCAGUGCUGCCCAAAGUUCGACAAGUGGCCCGACGUGGAUAAUGGAGUAA